AUGGCAGACCCAGGCGAUCUCUUCAUCGACUUUCCAGACUUUCAAAAUGCCGCUGAGCCUGAGACUAUCUCCCCUGGCAUUCUGCAGACAUCAACAGCGCCCCCAAAAAUCGGCAAUCGCUUUUCAUCCGAGUCUGUCAAGAUUCUGAGGAAUUGGUUCGCCGCGCAUGAGAGGCAUCCGUAUCCUACCAUCCAAGAUGUCCAGGAUCUUCAAGAGCAGACGAGUCUGAAUAGACAGCAGGUCACGAAUUGGUUUGCGAAUGCGAGGAGGAGAGCAAAGGUCCAUUCGUCGCGGCCGACAUCGCCAAUGUUUCGGAAUGAUGAUUCGGGGAAUUCUUCGGGGCAUCACACGCCGAUUGAUACGCCGCGGCGACGGGCGACUCCUGCGCCGUUUGAGCAUAUGAAUCCGCUGCAGCGAUGGGCGAAUUCACCACCGGAACAUGAGGCUGCGACAGUUGAUGACAUCUCACGAGCUGUUGCUGCGUUCUCAACACGACAGGGAAGAUCACGGAGUCAUGGGUCGUCGAUCAGCAGUAGAGGGACGUCAGUGUCAAGUCAUGAUUCUGGGUCGUACAGUUCUGCUCAUUCAAAACAAUCAUCGACGUCAUUUGACAUUUUCAAACGGCACAGUCGAAGGAGGCGUACAAAAAUGAGAAAGGAAGUGAGGACGAAUCUCCUCCAAGCGCAGAAUACAUAUCAGUGCACUUUCUGUACAGAAACCUUCAAGACAAAAUACGAUUGGCAGCGUCAUGAAAAGUCUCUUCAUUUAUCGCUUGAAAAUUGGGUCUGUUCACCAAAUGGACCGACAGCGAUGCAUCCAGAAGAGGGGCUUCUUUGUGUAUUCUGUGGCGUCAAGAACCCCGACAAAACGCAUCUCGAUGGACAUAAUCAGAGUGCAUGCAUCGAGCGACCGAUUGAAGAGCGGACAUAUCAUCGAAAGGACCAUCUGCAGCAGCAUUUGAGAUUAGUCCAUAUGUCAAAGUUUCUCAAAUGGCCGAUGGAUGAUUGGAAAGUCAUGACGCAAGAGGUUAAAUCGAGAUGUGGAUUCUGUGGCAUCAAUCUUACGACCUGGGCGAGCAGGGUUGAUCAUUUGGCAGACCAUUUUAAAGCUGGGAGUACCAUGGAGCACUGGAAGGGUGAUUGGGGGUUUGAGGGCAAGGUCAUUGAGAGGAUUGACAACGCCAUGCCUCCUUGUAAGUGCACGAGACAGAUCAACAAGCUCUUUCUAACCUUUUUAGACCUGAUUCACUACGAACGAAACUCGCCUCUUCCAUUCGCAGCUACAAGAGGCCCAGCAGAUACACCCACAAGUGCAUACGAACUCAUCAAGCUCGAACUAGAAUACUAUAUGCGGAAUCGCCAUCAGUUUAUAAUGCCACCAGAUCCCGAACUUCACUUUGAAGCAUGUUCCGUGAUCCUCGGCGCAGAAAUAUCCUCCCCCAACCAAGCGUCGUUAUCCCCGUCUUGGCUAUGGGAUUUGUUCAUGUCAGCUACCGAGAUCGCCAACCAAGCUAAACUCCGACCAACGAAACAAUUAGCAGAGGGGAGAUUGAGCCAGCUGAAGAUCAAUGGAAAGGGAAAUAUCUUUGAGAAUUGCGAGCUGGAGGCGGCGCUGCAGCAGUACAUGACUGCUCAUACAUCCAUGGGGCAUUUUCCAACAGAUUCUGAACUGCAGCAGGAGGCCUGCAAUGUCCUGAAUCGGACGGAGACGGCAUCAUCGCAUCCGUCGAGGAGGUUUUUGGACUUUUUGAUGAGGCUUGUUUGGAGCUCAACGGUUUGGCUGGAGCCGUUUCGUCAGAGGGCAGAGACUCUUGUGGCGUUGGCGAAUGAGUCUGUUAAUGAUUCUUACUUUCUAUGGGGUCAAACAGAUACAGCUGUACCGUUGGAUGCUUCGAUGGAGCUGGACAUGUUGCAGCCCUGGGUCGAGAAUCGAUCUCUGUCUCCAGAGGGAGUACCGGAAAUACCAGCGAUUCCGAUGCACAGCACGCCAGAAUCGAGGGCACUUAUACGGGAUAAAGUACGAACACAGACGCCAUUCUUUAUCAACGACAACAACAGCUAUCGUCGAUUGAAACGCGAACUCUCUCGAUUCGUCAUGACGACAAUGUCUCCCAACAACCCCAACCGGCAUAUCCCAAGUGACGACGAACUCAAGUAUCAAGCACGAUGGAUAUUAUACGAUGAGUACGUUUCCCGAUAUGCAAGUUUCAUUGGCUAA